GGUUCUCCUUGGGGUGACAGAGAAGGCUGAGAGGUGGCAGGAGCUCCAUUCCAGAGGCAAUUCCCCCCUUCCACAAAAGAACUCCCAGAGUAAGAGCAGAAAGCGCCCCACAGACUGCAGCCAUGAACGGGACAGAAGGCCAAGACUUCUACGUGCCCAUGUCCAACAAGACCGGGGUGGUGCGGAGCCCCUUCGAGUACCCCCAGUAUUACCUGGCUGAGCCUUGGAAGUUCUCAGCCCUGGCUGCUUACAUGUUCAUGUUGAUCCUGCUGGGCUUCCCCAUCAACUUCCUCACGCUCUACGUCACCAUCCAGCACAAGAAGCUCCGGACACCUCUAAACUACAUCCUGCUGAACCUGGCGGUCGCCGACCUCUUCAUGGUGUUUGGAGGCUUCACAACCACCAUGUACACCUCCAUGAAUGGGUACUUUGUCUUUGGAGUAACAGGGUGCUACAUCGAAGGCUUCUUUGCCACACUGGGCGGUGAAAUUGCUCUGUGGUCACUGGUGGUCCUGGCUAUCGAAAGAUACGUAGUGGUCUGCAAGCCCAUGAGCAACUUCCGCUUCGGGGAGAACCAUGCCAUCAUGGGUGUUGCCUUCUCCUGGAUCAUGGCCUUGGCAUGUGCAGCUCCCCCACUUUUCGGCUGGUCCAGGUACAUCCCCGAGGGCAUGCAGUGCUCGUGUGGGAUCGACUAUUACACUCUGAAGCCAGAGGUCAACAACGAAUCUUUUGUCAUCUACAUGUUUGUGGUUCACUUCAUGAUCCCGCUGUCGAUCAUUUUCUUCUGCUAUGGGAACCUGGUUUGCACUGUCAAGGAGGCUGCUGCCCAGCAGCAGGAGUCUGCCACCACCCAGAAGGCAGAGAAAGAAGUGACUCGCAUGGUCAUCAUCAUGGUCAUCUCCUUCCUGAUCUGCUGGGUGCCCUAUGCCAGUGUGGCAUUCUACAUCUUCACCAACCAGGGGUCGGACUUCGGGCCCAUCUUCAUGACCAUCCCAGCAUUCUUUGCCAAGAGCUCGGCCAUCUACAACCCUGUGAUCUACAUUGUCAUGAACAAACAGUUCCGUAACUGCAUGAUCACAACCCUCUGCUGUGGCAAGAACCCCCUGGGUGACGAGGACACAUCUGCUGGCAAGACAGAGACCUCCUCCGUCUCCACCAGCCAGGUCUCUCCUGCAUAGGCCCCAUGGGAGCAGCCAGUCCCCGGGGUGCUGCCCUGGGGGCACAACCUUAGCCCCACCGCCGCCACCUCCUGCCCCUGCUUCACCAUGGCCAAGGCCCCGUGGGACAGGCUCCUCGCUCCUGGCACUAGGAACCCUGGGAACAAGGCUGAAAAUCUGUACACACGUUUUGUAAUUAAAAUGCAAAGGCUUAGCUCCUCUGGC